GCGGCGGAGUCAGAGGUCAAGGCGUCACAUAGAUCCACAGCCUUGGGUGAGACAUGAUUCCACUGAACAGCUUCUUGCUGGGGCUCAGAUGCUUCUCCAAACGUAUUUCUAACGAUAGUUCCAGAAGACACCUAUCAGGUUCUGUAAAGUUGUGUGCUGGUCAGUUGAUGAGAUGGUGCUCCAGAACAUCAAAUACCACAAAAGAACAUGACGAUAGUAGUCUGAUGCUUAAGCAUCUAAUUGCAAAAAUAAAGUCAACAGGUCCAAUCUCCGUAGCAGAGUACAUGAGAGAAGUUUUAACCAACCCUGUUACAGGUUAUUAUUACCACAGAGAUGCUCUUGGACCACAAGGAGACUUCAUUACAUCACCUGAGAUUAGUCAGAUUUUUGGAGAACUCCUUGGCAUUUGGUGUGUGAGUGAGUGGAUGGCUGCUGGGAAACCAAAGGCAUUUCAUCUAGUAGAACUUGGGCCUGGCAGGGGUACUUUAGCAAGUGACGUUCUAAGGGUCUUCAACCAACUCGGUUCAGUGUUGAGGGCAUGUGAGAUUUCUGUACAUUUGGUUGAAGUGAGUCCAAAGCUCAGUGAAACUCAAGCACGGCUUCUAACUGAAGGGGAGAACUGCCUAAUGCACGAUCCCACUGCUGCAGUUUAUAAAACUGGCGUUACCAAAACAGGGCUUCCAAUUUCCUGGUACAAGGAUUUACAGGAUGUACCAAAAGGUCUUGCCUUUUAUCUUGCGAAUGAGUUUUUUGAUGUACUUCCAAUCCACAAGUUUCAGAAAACCAAGCAGGGAUGGCGUGAAAUACUGAUUGACAUUGACCCACAAUCACCGGAAAAGCUUCGUUUUGUUCUGGCACCUUCCGCCACUUUUGCUUCAAAAACAUUAAUUCAGAGAGAUGAUGAGAGGGACCAUGUGGAGAUCUGUGCUGAGGCUGGAGUUAUCAUCCAUCGUCUAGCCGGUAGAAUCACUGAAGAUGGGGGAGCAGCACUAAUAGCUGACUAUGGACAUAACGGAACAAAGACCGACACAUUUAGGGGUUUUCGUGGACAUCAGCUGCAUGAUGUGCUCACGGCACCUGGAACAGCAGACUUGACAGCGGACGUAGAUUUCAGAUACCUUCGUCAAAUGACAAGGGGAAAAGUCACCACCUUGGGACCAAUUCCACAGUGGGAAUUCCUCAAGAAUAUGGGCAUUGAUGUAAGACUUCAGGUACUAAUGAAAAAUACAUCAGACCCAACCACACACAGAAACCUAAUCGAAGCCUAUGAUAUGAUAAUGAACCCUGAGAAAAUGGGGAACCGAUUUAAGUUUUUUGCUUUACUGCCUCAAAGUCGAGUAAUAAGCCAAGAGGCCAAGCCUGAGAAACAUAGCUCCACAGCGUCACCUAUCGCAGGAUUCAGUGAACUGCAGCUAUAACAGAGGAUAAGGAACACCAAAGCCCAAUAUAGUUUUCAAGUUCAAGUUUAUUGUCAUGUGUCCCUGAUAGGACAAUGAAAUUCUUGCUUUACUUCAGCACAACAGAACAAAAUAGGCAUUGACUACAAAACACAUGAAUAAAUAAACUGAUAAAGUGCAAAUAACAAAUAA